UUGACCUUUAAUCAGAUCUACAAAUUGAAAAAGUGGUGGAAACACACAAAAAAGGUAUUUAUUCAAAGAAAGGGAAAGAGGAAAGACAGCGCGCGGUAGUGGAGAGGAUUUGACCUACUGAAUACUGACGUCAAAUAAUUUAAAUUAAAUUUCACUUUCAAAUACAUAAGUCUUGAAAGAUGUCUUGUCCAUUCCUUUCAAAAUUAAGCCAAGCUUAUUUGAAGAAUUAUGCUUCUCUUUUGGUCAAAAUGUAUGGUAACCAAUGUCCUGUGAUAUCCAGAAGCAUGAAUAAUGUUGCCAGUAAGGCUGAAGUUAAAACUCAAGAUGACGUGUUUGCCUACGAUCAGUUCUUCCAUCAGCAAAUCAUGAAGAAGAAGAAGGAACAUUCCUACAGAGUUUUUAAGAAAGUCAAUCGGUUGGCAGGACCUGGAGAAUUUCCAAAAGCUGUAGAACAUUCAUGGGGACAAGCACCAAUAACUGUCUGGUGUUCAAAUGAUUAUCUAGGAAUGUCGUCUCAUCCUGAAGUAAAAGCUGCCGUACGAGAUGCACUAGAAAAAUACGGAACUGGAGCAGGAGGAACUCGAAACAUUUCUGGCAAUUCAACUCUGCACGAAAAGUUGGAGUCCAAUCUUGCUGAGCUACACAAUAAAGAUGCUGCCUUGCUGUUUACUUCGUGCUUUGUCGCUAACGACUCAACUUUAUACACUUUGGCUAAAGCUUUACCAGGUUGUCAUAUAUUUUCUGACGCUGGGAAUCACGCAUCAAUGAUUCAAGGGAUCAGAAAUAGCCGUGUUCCUAAGCAUAUAUUCAGGCACAAUGAUCCAGCACAUUUAGAAGAACUUCUCCAAGGAGUUGAUCGAAACGUUCCCAAAAUUGUAGCAUUUGAAACUGUGCAUUCCAUGUCAGGAGCUGUGUGCCCGCUAGAGGAACUUUGUGAUAUUUCCCAUAAAUAUGGAGCGUUAACAUUCGUGGACGAAGUCCAUGCGGUUGGUUUGUACGGCGAGCAUGGCGCAGGAAUUGGAGAAAGGGAUCACGUGAUGCACAAAAUGGAUAUGAUAUCGGGAACACUGGGCAAGGCUUUUGGAAAUGUUGGUGGUUAUGUGGCUAGUACCUCUGCUUUGAUCGAUAUGGUGAGAUCCUACGCAGCGGGCUUUAUAUUCACUACAUCACUACCACCGACGGUUCUGGCAGGAGCGUGUAAAUCUAUUGAAAUAUUAGCAUCGGAGGAAGGAAGAAAACUAAGAGACCAACAUCAAGCUAACGUCAAAUAUCUCAGAAAUUCAUUGUUAGAGAACGGUUUCCCUGUAGAACACACCCCCAGUCAUAUCAUCCCAAUAAAAAUCGGAAACCCUUUACGAUGCGGCGCCGUUUGUGAUACCUUAUUGAAAGAAAAAGGCCACUACAUUCAAGCCAUUAAUUACCCUACCGUUGCUAGAGGAGAGGAGAAAUUGAGAUUAGCCCCCACACCGCAUCAUUCCAAAGAAUUGAUGGACACGUUAGUUCGAGAUUUAAAGGAAGUGUGGCACGACCUGGAGCUUCCACUAACGGGGCAACAAUGUGGACAGCAAUGCAAGUUUUGUCAAAAACCACUGCUUUUUGACUACUACGAGUCGAGAGAAAACCGAAGAUGUGCAGCCGAUAUUCACUGUGAUAUCCCCAACUGUCCACAACUUGUGGCUAUCACCAUUUAACACAAGAAAAGAAGAUCACUAUGAUAUGGUGUUGGUUGGGUGUAACGGUUGUUAAUGGUUAUAAUUACAUUCUUUAAAUAAAAUCAAACGUACUGAGACAAGGAAAUAAAAACCUUAAGAAAUUGCUUCAUCGUCGUCGCAAAUAUCCAAAUUACUCAGAUCCUGGGUUAGACCGCGUCGUUUUUGGCUGUGUCGAGCUUCCUUUUCUCUGUGGAAUCAUAUCUGGUGUACAAGCCUUAGCGGACUCGUACACCAAAGCAAUAUCCUACAGAAAUCGCAUAGGUAUAACAUACAUUGCGGAAAUAUAUGCAGUGAGCAGGGUUGCCAGGUUAGUUUUUAUUUCUUCAGUGGUUUUGCUUUCAAAAAAUCAGUAGAAAUCAGUAGAUUUUGUAAGCCAUGUAUAAUACAGUAAAACCUGUGUUAACGACUUCCUGUACUAACGGCCAGUUUAAAAAUUCUCCAAACCAAUUAUAUGUAGAUCCACUAUAUUUUCUACCAGAUUCUAAAAUCUAAUAGAUUUAAAAUUUUCUCACUAAAUCACAAGAAAUUUUGCUAGAUCUACUAGAAAGUCUACUAAAUUGGCAACCCUAAAUAUGGUACAAAAACUUCUAUUGUGCAGUGAAGGAGAAUGGCUCUAGAGUUUCUAAUCGCAUCUGCUUUUUUUUCGUAGUCAUUAUUGGUAAAAUUCCCACGGUUUAUUAAUUUCUUAAUUAAAUUUAUUGUUGGAACAUUUCAUUUGCAUUUAAUUCAGAGAAUACUGUGGUAUUCAAUUAUUUGAUAUUUUAUCAAUAAUUAUUGAACUACUGUUCAAUGUUAAAGUUGAACUGCUGCUAGCUUGAAAUCAAGUUGGCGGAACAUGCGAUAACUUAAAAAAAAGAGCAAUAAAUUUUUUCUUGGAACAUAAAACUUGCAUGUAAUUCAGAGAAUACUGGUAUUCAAUUAUAGAUAAUUUAUCAAUUUUUUGGUAUCAAAUUGAUAAAUUAUCUAUAAUUGAAUACCAGAGUCUUCUCUGAAUUACAUGUAAAAAUGUUCCAAGAAAAAAUUUAUUGCUCUUUUUUUAAGUUAUGGCAUGUUCCGCCAACUUCAUUUCAAACUAGCAGUAGUUCAACUUUAACAUUGAAAAGUAGUUCAGUAAUUAUUGAUAAAAUAUCAAAUAAUUGAAUACCACAGUACUCUCUGAAUUAAAUGCAAAUGAAGUGUUCCAACAAUAAAUUUAAUUAAGAAGUUAAUAAACCGUGGGAAUUUUACCAAUAAUGACUACCAAAACCAGAUGCGAUUAGAAACUCUAGAGCCAUUCUCCUUCACUGCACAAUAGAAGUUUUUGUACCAUAUUCGGGGUUGCCAAUUUGGUAGAUUUUCUACUAGAUCUAGUAGAUUUUAGAAUCUGGUAGAAAAUAUAGUAGAUUUUAGUAGUAGAACGUGUGAUAACUUAAAAAAAAGAGCAAUAAAUUUUUUCUUGGAACAUUAAAUUUGCAUUUAAUUCAGAGAAUACUUUGGCAUUCAAUUAUAAAUGAUUUAUCAAAUUUUUGAACUAUUGUUCUGCUAGCUUGAUUAUCAAGUUAGCAGAACAUGCGAUAACUUUUUUAAAAAAAGAGCAAUAAAUUUUUUCUUGGAACAUUAAAUUUGCAUCUUAUUUACACUUAAUUAUGGUAUAAGAAUAACUGUGUUCUGCUGACUUUGUUCUGCUAACUUGAUGGACGUCCUUUUAACCCCGCUCACUGCAUAUCAUUCCGCAAUGUAUGUUAUAUGUGAUCUCUGUAGGAUAUUGCUUUGGUGUACGAGUCCGCUUAGUCUCAUUCAGAGGCAAAAAAUAUUGCAAUACACAAAACAUCCAAUACAAAUCUCUUAAAGAAACUGCAAUGGUCAAGUUGUGUCAAAUCCUGUUACCAAAAACUUGUUUUAUUUAAUUAUGUUAAACGAGGUAUAGAUAAAUUUUAUUAAUUUUUAUGUUUUUGCUUUAAAUUUGUACAUGUUGAGAUUAUUUUAUCAAAAAUAUUUAUCAUUUUGCUCUUUUCUGCAAUAUAAAAAGUGAUGGAGGGGUUGAUAUUCUUUACAAAUGUAUUUUUAAGGUUUCCAUUACAAUAUGUCUCAGAUUAAAACAGCAAAAGAAA